UGGUACGGGGGGCGAUGAUCACACCGAUCACACCGCCAACAAGGAACAGCUGACAGAGAACACCCCAAAUAAUCAUGGCGGUUGGUCUAAGAUAUGGUAGCCGUCCAUGAAGAAUUGGUUUUAUUAAAUUGAAAUCUCACAUGGAAAUAAUUUGAUUUUUCAGCUAGUGCUGCUCAAGGUGACAAUGAGUCUGCUGAAAGAUAACCAAGAUGUGGCCUGUUUUCUUGUUAUUAAGCAUUCAGCGUGGAAAGGGAAAUACAGAAGAAUCUUCUCCAUUGGCUCAAUGGGGAUCACUACUUACAACCCUGCCUCAUUGGAGGUGACCAAUCAGUGGUUAUACAGUGACUUUGUUAGUGUGUUGCCUACCCUGAAGGGUGCUAGUCAGCAGAACAGUGAGUUCAAGAUCACAUUCAAGAAGGAUCGUAAAAUUGAUUCAAUGACAUUUUCCUCUGAGCAUCGAGCUGAUCUGCUUACAGAAGCUCUUCACUUUCGGUCAUUAUUUGCUGAAAAGACUAGAGAAGUACUGAAGUAUCAUGCAUACAAGCACCAUUGGUCUGACACACGGCUACCUGUGCUGCUGGAAGUCACACCAUACUCUCUAAACCAGCUUGAUCAUGCCACAAAUCAUGUUCUUGCUUCGUAUUGCUAUAAAGAUAUUGAAGGCAUGGCAGAAGUCAAGGAUUAUCCUGGAGGUUUCGUGGUGGUCUGUGGAGGUUUCGGAAGGAUGCACCUAUUUUCAUCAUCUCAUUUCACUGAACUUCAUCAGAAAAUGAUGGACAUGGCUGUGAAGUGCAUAGGGAUUGGCAUCAAGGUUUUGAAAGACCCUAUAACAUUGGACGAGUUCUGUGCACAGCGGUUAGGGAAAUUUAGUGGUGAUGAGCACAUCACUUCUGUUUCGGAGUUCAACAUCCACAAAGUACACAACACCCGCCACCAGGAGCCGCAGCGUCGAACUCUGUGUCUCAGUGAGACAUGUCUUUUGGAGCGAGACCCUCAGACAUACAGCAUCUGUACCCUGAGACCUCUGGGUGACAUCUUUGCACUUGUAAGGAGCCAGGACAACCCACAGCUUUUCAACAUUGAAUAUAUCAAUGGUCAUGUUCGCACUUACACUGCCACAGACAGGGAUGCAUUGCUAGCCUCUCUUUUGGAUGGAGUACGAGCCUCAGGGAACCGAGAUGUUCAUGUGAAGAUGAUGCCCACCCCCAGAGGCAAACGGAUUGGUCCUCUUAGUGUUCCUGUUGAGGAAGAGACUGAGUCACAUCAUCUGCGCUUCUUCCGGCAGCCUCCCGGGCAGAAGUCAUUCGCUGAAAUUGUUGAAAGAUUUAAUGCCAACAUUCCAUAUAGCGGUCUUCUUCAUUCCGUGACGCAGGAUGGUUUGUUUGCAGAAAACAAGGAGAAGCUCAUCACAGCAGCAUUGCAGUCACUUGUUCAGAAAGAAGGUGACCAGGGCACCAUCUCUUUGGCAGACCUGGAAGCUCAGUUUCAAGCACUGCGACGCUUAGUGGCCUCCAAAGUGGGUUUUGCAGCCUUCACCACGAUGCCUGGGUUCCGAGAGAGUGUUGGUGUGAAAGUGGUGAAGGCUUUGAGGAGGGAAGAUGAAGGCGUGACACAUGCAGCUAUUGACAUGGUGUGUGCCCUGAUGCACCCCAUGCAUGAUAACUAUGAUCUACGGCAGGAACAGCUGAACAAGUCGUCACUCCUGUCCUCCAGCAAGUUCCUGGAGAGCUUGCUUGCCAUGUGGAUCAGCCAUGUGAGUCAUGGCACUGGAGCGCUAGUUGUGUCAUCAAUGUUGGAUUUUCUCACAUUUGCACUGUGUGUGCCUUACAGUGAGACAACAGAUGGCAAGCAUUUUGACAACUUGUUGGAGAUGGUGGCUGACAGGGGCCGAUCCCUCUUCAGACUUUUUCAGCACCCUUCUUUGGCUGUGGUGAAAGGAGCAGGAUUGGUAAUGCGAGCUGUAAUAGAAGAGGGUGAGGCAGAAGUGGCUGCUCGGAUGCAGGACCUGGCAUUAGCAGAGGGGGCACUUCCACGCCAUCUGUUGACAGCUCUCUUUAUUCAGGGCACAGAUGGUCGUGUCCUCACUCACCGGCAGCUUUCUCGCCACCUGGUGGGCCUAUGGGUGACAGGUCACCCCACUGCAAUGGGUCUGCUAAAGAGAAUAAUGCCUUCAGGUCUUCUGGUGUACCUAGACUCUGAGGACAAAGUUCCUGAUUCAGCAUUAGAACAGGAGCACCUGAACACGAGGGACAACCUCAAGAUUGCCCAGGAUCAUGCUAGCAAGAACCGACGGGGACAGCACUGGAUCACCAUUGAGCGCCAGAUAAGGGUCCUGGAGAAGCGUGUGGAGAAUGCAUUGCGACAUUGGGGUGACAGAAUGGGACUGGAGAGGAGAGAAGACAAGCUUAAAGAAAGGCCCAUUGUUCUGCGGAAGAGACGGGAGCGCAUCAAGAGUGAAGCAAACUGGAGCCUGUUCUAUUACAAGUUCACUCAGGACCAUGCACUGCCGAACCUCAUAUGGAACCACAAGACGAGAGAGGAGCUACGUGAUGCCCUAGACAAUGAGAUCCGAACAUUUGUGUCUGACCGGGACCUGGCAGGCAGUGCCCUCAUUGCAUGGAAUCACCAUGAGUUUGAAGUGCAGUACCAUUGCCUUGCAGAUGAAGUGUGUAUCGGCGAAUAUUAUCUGCGUCUACUCCUGGAGAAAGAAGAUUCCCCAGACUCUCCAAUACGUCGUUCAUACGAGUUCUUCAAUGACCUGUACCAUAGGUUCCUAUUAACGACCAAAUCAGAAAUGAAAGCCGUGUGUCUUCAGGCAAUGGCUAUUGUGUACGGACGCCAUCAUGAAGACAUUGGCCCUUUCAGUGAUACAAAAUAUAUUGUCAGCAUGUUGGACAGGUGCAUGGACAAGAUGGAACGUGAUCGCUUGGUCCUCUUUAUGAAUAAGCUGAUCCUUCAUCGUCGCAAUGUGAAAGACAUAAUGGAUGCCAAUGGGGUGCGGAUACUUGUGGACCUGAUGACGCUUGCACACUUGCACACAUCCAGGGCAGUGGUCCCAACCCAGAGCAAUGUGAUUGAAGCUGGUCCAAACAUGAUGAGAGAGAGUGAGAAGGAGUGGCACUACAAUUGCUCGGGAGAAAGGAAAGGUCCAGUCAGCUUCCAGGAGAUGCGCAGUCUCUGGGAGGCUGGUGUGCUCACAGUGAAGACGAAGUGCUGGGCUCAGGGAAUGGAUGGAUGGCGCACACUACAGCAGGUAUCCCAGCUCAAAUGGAGUCUCAUGGCAAAGGGAACGCCUGUGAUGAACGAGAGUGAACUAGCUACACUCAUCCUUAACAUACUUAUCCAGAUGUGCCAGUACUUCCCUAGCAGAGAUGCUGAUGAUGCCAUCAUCCGACCACUCCCACGAGUCAAGCGUCUGCUGUCUGAUACUGUGUGCUUGCCACAUCUGGUUCAGUUGUUGCUGACCUUUGAUCCUGUGCUGGUGGAGAAAGUGGCAACACUGCUGUGUGAGGUGAUGAGAGACAAUCCGAACAUCUCCACCCUCUAUCUCACUGGGGUAUUCUACUUCAUCCUCAUGUACACUGGGUCAAAUGUCUUACCUGUGGCCCACUUCCUGCAGCUGACCCACACCAAGCAGGCCUUCAAAGGGAGUGAUACCUUGCUGUCAGAAAUCAUGCAGAGGAGUAUACUGGGUCAGUUGCUGCCAGAAGCAAUGGUGAAUUACUUGGAGAACCAUGGGGCAGAGAAGUUUGCACAGAUCUUUCUAGGAGAGUUUGACACACCUGAGGCUAUUUGGAAUGCAGAAAUGAGGAGGUUGCUAAUAGAGAAGGUUGCUGCACACAUAGCAGAAUUCAGUCCACGACUACGAAGCAACACACGAGCUCUGUAUCAGUACUGUGCGAUACCAGCUGUGCGCUAUCCCCAGCUUGAUGAGGAACUGUUCUGCAACAUUUUCUACUUGCGUCAUCUAUGCGACAGCACUCGCUUCCCAGACUGGCCAAUCAGUGAACCUGUUAAACUGCUGAAAGACGUGCUUGAUGCAUGGAAGAAAGAAGUGGAGAAGAAACCCCCAGUUAUGUCUGUCGACGAUGCUUAUGAGGUUCUGGGCUUGCAACGUGGGGUGCAAAAUGAAGAGGCUACUAUCCGGAAAGCGUACUACCGUCUUGCACAGCAGUUCCACCCUGACAAGAACCCAGAGGGCAGGGACCGUUUUGAGAGUGUAAAUAGAGCGUAUGAGUUCCUCUGCAGCCGUAGCUCUUGGGCUGGUCAGGGACCAAACCCUGACAAUGUAGUGUUGAUCCUGAGGACCCAGAGCAUUCUGUUCCAUCGCUACUCAGAAGAGUUGCACCCAUACAAGUAUGCUGGUUAUCCUCAGCUAAUCAAGACCAUACAGCUUGAGACAGCCGAUGAUCAGCUGUUCUCAAAGUCUGCCCCCCUGCUGGCUGCUGCUAGUGAGCUGGCAUAUCACACAGUGCACUGCUCUGCCCUGAAUGCUGAGGAACUGAGACGGGAGAAGGGACUUGAUGUACUGCUGGAUGCAUAUUCACGCUGUGUGUCUGUGCUGAGUGCAUCGUCCAAAACCAGUGAGGUGAGCGUUCAGGUGUGCACACACAUUACACGUUGCUUUGGGGUAGCAGCCCAGUUCCGGGGGUGCAGAGAAGUGAUGAUGGAGAUGCCACAGUUGGUGAAGGAUGUUUGCCACAUCCUAUACUUCAAGCACCUGACUCGGCUCUGCUCUGUGGCCACAGAGUGUGUGAGUUCACUUGCUGUGGACCACAUGCUGCAGAUGAUGCUGUUGCAAGCAGGGGUCCUCUGGCAUUUACUGCUCUUCAUGUUCAGUUAUGACUUCACCCUUGAGGAGGGUGGCGUGGAGCGCAGCGAAGAGGCAAACCAGCAGGAAGUGGCAAAUAAACUUGCGAAAUUGGCAGUGCGGGCAUGUGCCAGGCUUGGAGGCUACUUGACAGGAGAUUUGGAGUCGCCAUACAAUUCUGUGACGCAGGAAAUCCUCAACAGACUCCUGACACCAUAUGUGGCUCGACAGCUGAGCUUGGACAAACCUGAAGAGAUCCUAAAGAUGCUCAACAGCAACUGUGAGACUCCAUACUUGCUGUGGAACAAUGGGACACGAGCUGAACUGUGUGAAUUCCUGGACCAGCAGUGCUGCAUGGGCACCAACAGCAGUGACCCAUUGUGUGGAAUUGAGUUUGUGUACACUGCCCACAGGAAGGAGCUCGUGGUUGGGGAGAUCUUUGUGAGAAUAUACAAUCAGCAGCCCACUUACACGAUACAAAACCCUAAAGGCUUUAGCAUCGACCUGCUGGAGUUCCUAGCGAAGCAGUCUGACCACCUGGGCUCAGUGGGGAGCGUCUCACUAUCAUCAGAGGACAAAGAGAGAUUGAUGCAUGUCAUUAUGGCACUGGAAGCUCUCUAUAACGUCAUAAAAAACAAUCCAGGCGUGGAGAUCCAGUGUAUUGGCCAUUUCCACCUUUUGUUUAGCCUCCUGAGUGUGGAUAGCUGCAAGCCAAUCCAGCAUGGUGCCCUUAACGUGAUAUCCAGUGUGACAAAGAACCAAGAAUGUGUCAAUGAUAUUGCAGCAUCGGAUGUGUUGGUACACUUGUUACUAACCCUUUACAGCCUCCCUGAUGCACAAAUUACAACACUGGAGACCCUGUAUGCUCUCAUGCACACCACCAAGAUCGUCAAGGAUGCUUUAGCCAAAGGGGCAGCACUGUUCCUGUUGGACCUGUUUUGCAACUCAAGUGUUCCUGCUGUCAGAGAGAAGACAGCAGAGCUGUUAGCAAGGAUGGGGGCUGAUAAGUUAGUGGGGCCUAAAGUUCGCCUCACAAUCAAUCGCUUCCUGCCCGCCUUAUUUGCAGAUGCAAUGCGGGACACACCUCAUACCUGCGUACAUAUGUUUGAAGGCACACACGAAAAUCCAGAGCUCAUCUGGGAUGCAAAUGCUCGCCAGAGAGUGUGCAGUACCAUCUCUGCACUUCGGGAGGAGUAUGUGACUUCGCAGAAACAAAACCCUCAGGUGACAUGGUGUUUGCCUGAUGACACCGCAAUAGGAGAACCAACUAGUCCUGGUGAGCCUGUUGUGGGCGGUGUGUAUUUACGUCUGUUUGUGGCCAAUCCUGGCUGGGUUGUGCGUCGACCCAAGGAGUUCCUUUCUGAGCUGAUGGACACCUGCUUAGGGAUUAUGAACAAGGAAAAGCUGGACGUGGAUCUACUGGAGACUGUUACCAGUGCCUUGGUGUGCCUGCUGCAGGCACAACCUUCACUUGCUGACCAGGUGCCAUCCCUAGGGCACAUCCCACAGCUAUGUAAGAAGAUGGUGACACACCGCCAACAGGGUGCCAUCAUUCGGGCCACAGUCUUGGUGCUACAUCAGCUGGCAACAAGUGAGGUCUGCAUUCAAGCCAUGGGACAUACAGAGUGCAUCAAUCCACUAAAGCAAGCAAUGCAGGCAAGAAAAGACAUGAUUGGAGUUGUAUGUGAGGCCCUCAACAGACUUUUCUCAACCAACCAUGAUCAGCUGAUUAGUCAGGCCUUGGAGGCUGGCAUGGUGCAGUAUUUGCUAGGCCUUCUGGAGGGACGGUUAGAAGCCCUGGAGAAUCCAGCCAUGACAAAAGCACAGAUUGUGAAAGCUCUGAAAUCAAUGAGCAGGAGCUUGCUGCAUGGCUCUAGGGUGGCAGCCAUAUUGGAUAAGUCAACUGUUUGGUCAGAGUACAAAGAUCAGCGUCAUGACCUUUUCAUCAGCAAUACUCCCACUGCAGGAUAUCUCACAGCUGGGACACCAGCUACAGCAGGGUACCUCACACAAGGUAACACCAAGACGUUACCCGACGCUCCUCCCCCUAUGGACAGAGAGGAUUCCUUGGUGAGAACUGACACCAUAUGAUGACAGUUGACAUUCUGGUAAUGUAUGAUGUGCAAAGCCCUCUGUGAUAAUAUGUAAGAACAGGCAACAUUUAGUCUGUGCAUUUGUGGAGAGCUACACGUGAUAAGUUCAGUGACAAUAAGAACAGUUCAGCUGCUGUGAUUCAAGGAGAGCAGAACAGAUGCUGAGUGCAGUAGUCUCAGCGAGGAAUGGAAGUGCUUCAGAAUGUUGUCAACAUUUGAUUUUCCACAUAAAAUUAUGGGAUUCUUAAGGCCUAUAAUUUUUUUAAGAUUUCAGGAACAUUAAAUCGGUAUGUUCUGAUUUUAACCCAUUCAGGUCUUAGGUUGGAUUGAACCUGACAAUCCCAAUAACCUUAUAAUUAAAAUAAUGAAACUGGCCCUUGUAAUGUGUCAUAUGUUCAAAUAAAUGAACCUCAGAGGGCUCAGUUUAAAAUUUGACCAAGCAAUUUUACACCUUGCUUAGUGUCAUCUGUUAAAAUAUAUAGACCUCAAAGGGUUCAUGUAAAUUGCUCUUUUUGAUCUGUGAGUUAUUAGAAGUGGUCUCAUGGCAUACAAUAGUUCCUAACAACUGAGUGUGUUAGGCAUAUGUACACUGUCAUGAAAUACAACAUGAGUGGUACAAACAUUGAAAUAAUUUUUAUAUGAAAAUAAAAAUUAAUCAGGGAAAGCUGUGUUAGUUUCUGAGUCAGCAUAUGUUACACCGUCUUUGCCUGAGACACUUGUUGCUUGCAUUCCUGUACUUAUGUGUAUAUAUAAUUAUAUCAUUGUUUUUCACCCUGAAGAUAUCCACUUGCUAAUUUAGCUGUUGACAAUUUGCCAUUUCUGUUCCAGAUAUCAUUGUGUGCUUUUAAUACGCACAAAAUAAUAUGGUUUACACAAAAAAGAUAUUUAAUCAGUGAAUUAUAUGAACAAAUCAUAUAUAACUUUAUACAGAAAUCAUUCAUACAAUUUCAAAAUGUAUUUUUCUUUAUUGUGUAAUAAAUACUGUAUUGUAGAAUUAA